AAACAGUUAUAAUCACACGACUUCGAAACUUCACUUUUAUUGCUUUCUUUAUUCUUUUCUAUUUGUCGUAGGGAAAGCUUCAUUUACGAAAUCCACUGUAAACACAUGUAAUAGGAUUGAUUCAAAACCUGUCUCAGAUAUCUAGAAAAUUCUACUUUUCCUAAGAUAAAUAGGAAAGAAUAAAGAAAACUAUAAAAAAAAACAAAAGUUUUGGAGUUGUAUGGUUAUAAUUGAUACGAUUAUAAACAAUAAAUUGUGUUCGAAAUGUUGUCAUCCAGUAAAUAAUACUGUUUCACACUGUGUGAUAUAUCUAAUAAACAAAUUGAUAUGGAGUUAUUCUAUUACCAUGUGUUAUAUAUCUUGUGUGAUUGAAUAAUUAUAAAUAUGCUUAAUCCAUGGUCCAGAUUAUUUUUCAUAUUGAUAUUAUCUGAAAGCUGGCCUUCCUCAUGUACAAACAAAUGAGAAUAUAAAUUAAUUGGUGGCUGGCGACUGAGAGUGGAAUCUACGAAGCGCAUUUCGUUCCAUUUGGCACUCAUCAUCUGGAUGUACCGCAUACCGCAGUGAGUGAUGAUGUUUCCACCUGAGAUGGAGCUCUUCGGUCUAUUCAGUCGACGGAAAAAUCUAAAAUUGAAUUAAGUAAUAAUAAUAAUCUACUUUAUUCCAAAAACAGUACUUAUAAUACAGAGUAGAAUUCUCAGCAUUUGUCACAAUAUUGCAUCUGAUUUACUUAAAAUAUAAAUAAAAUAAAAACAAAAGUAACCAGAGGAAUUUGUCCACUUUUAUGGUAUAAAGUCAAAAAUAUUUGAAGCACGAAUUGAGACUAUUAAAUAUAACAAUAAUAAGAACACAAAAUACUAAAUACUAGAUAUUCUUAUUUCAAAUGGAACAAAAUUCAGAUAUGUUUUCAUCAGAAGACAAAAAUUCAUGUGAUUUUUUGACUGAAAACUACAUCAGUCUGGUUUGAAUGACACUUAAGCAAAAGACACCAAGAUCCAUCAUGCCCGUACAACUAUUCCUUCUCUUCAUCAUGCUGUAUACUGUUCUCAGUGUGCCAACAGCAUAUUUUACACAACCUUCAUCUUCUUCGGUAUCAUCCUCGCCAUCCUCGUCACUUACAGAUACACAGCAUGGUCAAAACAGUCAAGCUAAUCAACAGAAAUAUCUAUUUUACAAAUCGUACAGAAGAAACUGA